CCGGACAAUCUGUUAGCGAGAGGUUGGGGCAGUGGGAAGAAGAUGGCAACUAUCCCCCUCGUGCUCUCCGUCUGCCUUCUGGGAGCGUGCCUUGCUGCCGAAAGUACAGUCUUCAUCCAGAGCGAAGAGGCGAGCUCGGUUCUGCAGCGGCGAAGGCGAGCCAAUUCGAACAGGCUGGAAGAGGUUAUUCCUGGGAACCUUGAGAGAGAGUGCAUAGAAGAAAUAUGCAGCUACGAAGAAGCCCGAGAGGUGUUUGAAAACACAGAGAAAACCAUGGAGUUUUGGAAAACAUACAUUGAUGGAGAUCAGUGUGACCCCAACCCAUGCAAAAACGGAGCCACUUGCAAGGACGCAGUAAGUUCCUACGUGUGCUGGUGCCCGCCUGGGUACGAUGGCAGAAACUGUGAGAUAGACUUCACUUGUGCAAUUAAAAACGGAGGCUGCAAGCACUUUUGCAAGCACGACCCGCCGCAAAAAGUUGUGUGUUCCUGCGCUUCUGGCUACAGGCUUCACGAAGAUGGAAAGUCCUGUGAACCUACAGUGCCAUAUCCCUGCGGGAGGAUCACAGCUCCCGAAGUCAAGAGCAAGCUGACCCGUGCCAUAAACACCUUUGAGCACUGGAACAUCACCGCCAUCGACCACGAUGAUGCUCAUGACGAGGAGCUCGACAACAUCACGGAAACCAGCACCGCUGCCGCCGCCCCCACCACCACCAAAAUCACACCCAUAAUUAAGACGGGCACCCGGGUUGUGGGUGGAUCAGACAGCAUGAGAGGAGAGGUGCCCUGGCAGAUCCACCUGGUGAACAGCCACGGGGUGGGCUUCUGCGGCGCCUCCAUCAUCAACGAGAAGUGGUUGGUGACAGCAGCCCACUGCCUGAAGCCAGGUGACAACGUCACGGCGGUGGCAGGUGAAUACAACACCAACGAGGAAGACAACACAGAGCAGCGGCGUAAAGUGGUGAAGAUCCUUCCCCACCCCACGUACAACGCCACCAUCAACAAGCACCACAACGACAUUGCCCUCCUGGAGCUGGACCAGCCCCUCAGCUUCAACAGCUACGUCACCCCCAUCUGCCUGGGCAACCGGGAGUUCACCAACGCCCUGCUGAAGCUGGGCAUUGGGACGGUGAGCGGCUGGGGCAGCACGCUCUUCCGCGGCCGCCCGGCCACCGUCCUCCAGAUUCUCAAGGUGCCUUUCGUUGACCGGCCCACCUGCCUGAAGAGCACCUCCACCACCAUCCUGCAGAACAUGUUCUGCGCCGGCUUCUCAGCCGGGGGCCGUGACACCUGCGGGGGGGACAGCGGAGGGCCCUACACCACCGAGAUCGAGGGCACCUGGUUCCUCACAGGGAUCACCAGCUGGGGUGAGGAAUGUGCCAAGCCAGGCAAGUACGGCAUCUACACCAGGGUCUCCAAGUACCUGAAGUGGAUAAAGGACAUCACGAGGCUUGACUAACCCCCGGGAGGUCCCGCCAUGCUGGGGAUGGACUGGUUCGUUGACAAGAGACCAUAGCAACCUCUGUGUGUGCUUUCCAGAAAUCGCUGUGUUUGAAUAAAAGUUCCUAAAUGAA